AUGCCUGUGAUAACUAAUGUUUCGAUGACUGCUGAUCUCUUUGAUAUGAUUGGUUUUAUUGAUUUAAGAAAAUUGUGUAACAACUGUUGUAAUUGUGUAUAUCACAAUUACCCAUUUGUGAGAGUAAUUAAACGGUAUCGUAACCCUAAUGCCACGGUUAUGAUAUACGACUCUGGUAAACUAGUAUGUGUGGGUGCAAAAUCAAAAAAUGAUGGUCGAAUAGCAUUACGAAAGACUGCUCGCAUAAUACAAAAACUCGGAUAUGAUAUCAAAUUACAUAACUUACGUGUGACUAACAUUGCUGCGUCACAUAACCUGAAAAACGACUUGAAUGUAGAGAAACUGAUGAAUCAAUUUAAUUGGAGCAGUAAUUAUGAGUUGGAAAUAUUUCCACAUUUGAGGAUCAAUUGUGGUAAUAAAAGACAUAUAACUCUCACUAGAAAAGGGAAAAUGAUAUUGACUGGUGUUUAUACUAGAAAAGCAUUGAAUGAAUUAUAUGAAGAGUUUAUGUUUAAAUACUUUGAUUACUUAAUAAACAAAUAA